AUGCUGCGUACCCCUGGGGAUGUGGAGACGAGAUAUGCCACAAUUGAGUUGGAAUUGGUGGCUGUCGUAUGGGCUAUGAUGAAGUGCAAAUAUUACCUUCUUGGUUUGCCUCACUUCACUUUGAUGACAGACCAUAGACCUUUGGUACCCAUACUUAACUCGUACACGUUAGAUGCUAUUGAUAACCCCCGACUACAACGCCUGAAAGAGAAGAUAGCUAGUUAUGUCUUCACAGCUACGUGGCGUAAAGGAAAGGAACUAGCAAUCCCAGAUGCCCUUUCCCGUGCUCCAGUGGAUUCACCGUCCCCUGAAGAUAUCGUUCUUAGUGAUGACACACGUUACUAUGUCAGAUGUGUAGUCACUCAGCGUAUGGCCACUCUGAGUGCAGUAUCAGGGACAAUACAGUCAAGUGACUUGGUGCUUGAUAAGAUGCGAGCAGCAGCACGUCAAGAUUUGGUAUAUGUCAAGCUCCUCGACAAAGUGACUUAUGGUUUCCCUGCCAAGUGUGACAAUUUGGACUCUGACCUACUCCCAUAUUGGAAGGAACAUGACAAUUUGUACCACGAUGAGGACCUCAUCCUUUUGGGACCCCGCAUUGUAGUUCCUUCUACCCUUUGCCGAGAAGUGUUGGCUCGCCUACAUGAUCACCGUGGCGUGGAAGCCACAAAGCGUCGUGCCCGACAGACUGUAUGGUGGCCUGGUAUCAAUUCAGAUAUAACAAAUGUAGUCAGAUCAUGUGAGCCUUGCCAAGUACUUCUUUCAAGCCAGCAACAGGAGCCCAUGAUGACAGAAGAAGCACCCACCAAACCCUUUGAGUCUGUGUCAGCUGACUUUUUCACUGCCGCCACUAUUAAUUUCUUCAGAAGAUUCUUCCGUGACCUAGGAGUCCCUCUUCGGCUACGCACUGAUGGUGGACCUCAGUUUUCAAGCCGAGAUUUUAACGACUUUCUGUGUCGAUGGGGUGUUCGCCAUGAUACACCCUCUCCCCAUUAUCCACAGAGUAAUGGUCAUGCAGAAGCUGCAGUGAAGGCAGUGAAACACCUAAUUAUGAAAGUUGCCCCUUCUGGUAUCCUGAAUGAAGUUUUUGACCGUGGAUUGUUGGAACUCCGUAAUACACCAAGUCAGGAUGGCCGUUCCCCUGCACAAGUUUAG